CCACGGCAAUCAAUCCUGGGUGUGCUGUGUGCUCUCACCACCGCCUGAAAGCGUCCGUCCACCGCGGCCGCACCUCUGCUCCCCGGACGGACGAGACGCCCCACCUCACUCGCCUCUCUCACUGACCCAUUCCUCAAGAAAGCCGGGGGAAAGGAGGGGGAGGAAAACGAGAGGCCUUGCCGCCUGGGCGCUCUCACGCACCUACUCGACGGAAAGAAAGAGCACCGCGGGCGGCAUUGUGGUUUUCAGGCGCCGCACCUAACCUUCUUUCUUUCCCCGGCCGGUGGCUUGUUUCAUGGUGCGGCGCGGGGCAGGGCGGGUGGGUGUGCUGUUUGGUGGCGGACAGGUGAGGUGAGGGAUGGCCGCCGGCGCCAGGGUGCCUGACCUCGGCUCCGACUUCGCCCAGAAGAUGCUGCACGACCUCCGCCGACGCCGCGAGAGGCUCGGCUUCUCGGGCUCGCCGUCGGCCGCCGCCGCUGCGUCUCGGGACGCUGGCUCGAAUUCGCAGAACCCAGUUCGAGGCCAGAAGCCACGGCAAGCAGCAGCAGCACCACCAUCGGCGACACACAGAUCACAGCAGCAGCAACAACCCAGCACCAGCAAUGCCGUGGCCAGCGCGGCCAAGCCACGGCGGGGGCGCCCUAUCGCCGCCGCCGCCGCCGACGCGCGCGCCAUCGUGCCGUUCCAGGUAGGAGGCGCGGGCGGCGGCAAGACGGAGCAUGCCGUCGUCGCGAGCGGCGUCGACGUGCAGAUGGCCGCGCUGGCCCUCGCGCUCAGCGACGGGGGGAAGCUGCGGAACAUGGAGGUCGUGGCGCGCAACGGCUCCGUCUUCUUCCGCCAGCUGGACACGGCCCGUCUGGGCGGUGGCGGCGGCUACCUCCUGCCGCCGCCGCCGCCUUCCGGAGGAGGUACAGGCGCGCGCGCCGGCGAGGUGGCGAUCGGGGUGCAGGACCUGAACGACAUGCUCAUGGCGGCCUACUCCUCGGGCGGGAGGAGGAGGCCCGACGACGAGGCCCGGAAGAAGCUCUUCAGAGGGUCCAUGGACAUGGAGGAGGCGCUGAGCAUGCUGGUCAUGCUCCAGGACGCCUCCCGGUACAUGGAAGGGUCGGGGAGCGGGCUCAAGGGCAAGGAGAACCGCAAGGGCUCGCCGGCGACGCGUUCCGCGAGGAUCGAGGAGAUCGUCGACGAAGAUUCAGAUGCUGAGCACGCCAAAAAUGCUUCUAUGCAGAUGGUUGUUCACAACAAGUUUCAGAGUCAUCAGACUGAUCAGAGUACAGGCAGAAGCUCAGUCAUGGAGUCUGGUCCAAGCAUUUCCAACAUCAAGAGUGCUUCUGAAGGUGAAAAGGAUGGCUCAAAGGUGAGGAUGCCGAGCGUGAUCGCCAAGCUGAUGGGGCUGGAGAAUCUGCCGUCGUCGACAACGACGGCCGCCGCGGAGCGCAAGGGGACGGAGAGGUUUGUGAAACCUGGAGCCGCGGUGCCAAGGAUGGAGGUCAGAGGAAACGCCAUGGACCGCAAAUUGCCGAUACGGAUCAUCGCUUCAGAGAAGGGUCAGCACAAGAUUGUGUUGGCAGGGGAGUGGAAGAACGGCCUGACAAACUUUGGAGAGUCUGAAAUAGGUGCUGCUGCACUGUCAAACAGUUCAUCACACCCUGCACCUGGUAAUAAUAGCAGGCAAGGAAGGCUAACCAUGAGAGAAGUGCUGAGAAAGAUGGUGGCAGCAGAGAGAGGAGCCGAUGAAAAACAGGUAGCUGAUGAGAGGAUCAUCCAUGAGGACAAGACGGCUGCCGAAGAAAUCAAACUGCAGAACUCUGUCAGCGUAGGAUGCCGCGCCGACUCCGGUAAGAGGAUGGAUUUUCUGAAAAGAUUCAGGAAGAAUUCAGACAACAGGCCUGUCAAGGAGGAGAAGCACACUGCUCAGGUGAAGAGUGCAGAAGUUGGGAAGAAGCAGGCCACCGGCAUGAGACGGUUGCUGGGGAGAGACGGCGAGGGGAAAUCGAGGAGGGCGAGGGAGAAGGUUAACAAGGAGAACCUUGCCAGUGCAGAAACCAAGGCUGCAGGAAAGAAUGGGAAGACAGAUCAGGUCAAACAUCAAGCACAAAGUAAGCAUGUAGACAGACAAAGCAAGCUGAGGAAACCGCAGAAUCGUCGGGAAAUGCAGAGCGAAACGCCGAGCCGGAAGUUGGAAAACAAGAAGUCACUGAUGCCAGAAGCAGGGCACAUGAAAAAGAAGCCUGAGUAUACUGUAGUGACACAACAGGAGAAUGAAGAACGUGCAAAAGAACAUGUCAGUUUUAGCAAACCAGCAGAUAGCACACAUGGCGAAGGCGGUUUGUCGGAACCAUUGGCAAUAGUAGUGAGAGGCAACAGCACAACCGGAGCAGCUUCCUUGGACCAACCAUUACAGAAAAUAACUCAAGGAUCUAGUGAGAAAGCAACUGAAACACCGAGGGAACCGCAGAAUCGUCGGGAAACGCAUAGCAAAGCACCAAACUGGAAGUUGGAAAACAAGAAGGCACUGUUGUCAGAAGCAGGGCAUAUGAGAAAGAAGCUCGAGUGCACUGUAGUGGCACAACAGGAGAAUGAGGUAGAUGCAAAAAUAAAUGAUACUAUCAGUUCUAACAAACCAGCAGAUAGCACACAUGUCGAAGGCGGUUUGUCGAAACCAUUGACAAUGGUAGUGAGAGACAGCACCACAGCUGAAGCAAUUCCUCUGGACCAACCUUUGCAGAAAAUAACUGAAGGAAUCAGUGAUCCUACAAUUCCUGCAGAGACUGUUGUACAUGCAAGUGAGGAUUUGAAGUUCUUGGAUCAGAGCGCAAUUGCUGAGAUAAAUGAUGAAAGGAUGAACCACACACCUAGUGAGACUACACAGAUACCUGAAAUAUUUACCGAGGAAGAACGGCAGCAGGAAGAAGAACAACAACAGCAACAAAUGAUAGUGAAAGAGCAACUAACUGAGGAUUUGAAGUUCUUGGAUCAGAGUAUGAUUCCUGAGACAAAUGAUGAAUGGAUCAACCACACACCUAGUGAGGCCACACAAAUACCUGAAACAUUUGCCGAGGAAGAACAGCAGCAGCAACAACAACAACAGGAACAACAAACGGUAGUGAUACCGGAAGCAUUUACCAAGGAGGAAGAAGAGCAGCAACAAAUGAUAGUGAAAGAGCAACUAACUGACGGCUCGGAUGAUCAUACCACAACGUCCGUCAGUUCUGAAAAUUUGCAGGAGACACAUGUUGUUACAUGCGAUUCUUUGACAGAGAACCAGCUCAUGCUCAUGAGACUGCUGGUAAAGGAUCGGUACUUGCUCGAAACCGCAAAGGCGAUCGUCAGAGUAGAUGCCCCCGUCAGUUUCAUGGACGACGUCGCCGGUGCGCCGAGCUGGUCGGACAAGGGCAACGAUCUCCUCUCCGACGUGGCCCGGGAAGUGAUCAGAAGGAAAGGCAAACGGAGCGAGGCGAUGGAGGAGGUCAGCGUGGCGCGCACCGCCAACCUGAGGCUGCGAUACCUCGAUGAUCUCGUCAGAGAGCUGGACGGCGACGUCGAGAGCCUGGACAUGUCCAAGUCCAAGAGAACUCAGCAGCAGGGCGACAACCGCGCGGCCGAGAAUCUGCGCAGGAUACUUGAGAGUGACAUCCAGAAUGACCACCCCGACGCCAACUCGACGUGGGAUUUCGGGUGGAACCGCGUGUGGGAGCUGCCGUUGGAGAAGGGCGACGUCGUGAGGGAUCUGGAGAAGAACAUACUGGGCGGCAUCAUCACCGACGUGGCGAGGGAUCUCAUCGGAGUAUCGGUGCGACAUGGCUGUUGUCCCUGCGUGGCUUGAGUGGAGCUGUGGAGAGAAAACUUUUAGAGUGAUUGGGGUCACUAGGUUAGGCUAAUUUUUUGAUCUGUGCCGCGUUUAUUCGCUGUGAGGUUUCCCUUUGUUAAGGAAAUAUGUGUGUUCCGUUCUGUUCCUUUUUUCGACAGGUUGUGGUUUUUUUCUAGUAGUAUACUCAAGGAAAUGCGCCAUUGUUUCAA